AUGGUCAUCUGCUUCUUGGUGUUUUUCUACCUGCAGGAUGCCAAAUGCAACCAAACAGACUGGCAAAGAAAUCCAGGAGCAGGACUGUCUGACGAGAAUGGACACCUCCUGAAUGUCACUGUCAGGAACCACGGCCACUCUGACUCCCUUUUCCUGUCCUGGAACAAACCUUUGGGAGAUAUCCAAGGAUUCUUGCUGGCUGUUUAUGCCUUGGAGACCAACACUCUGCUGCAGAAUGGAUCAGCUGGAUUCAAUGCUACCAGCUUCAACUUCCAGGGCUUGCUUCCUGGAACACAGUACAAUAUUGAAGUCACUGCUUUGCUGGCUUGUGAACAGAAUUUCAGUGGAAGAGUCACUGGGCAAACAGUUCCUUCCCCUGCAAAGGAUGUGACCCUGAGCACUCAGAGCAACCCUUCGGAGCUAGUGGCCUCCUGGAGUGAAGCCCCUGGUGGGAAAGAUGGCUACCAGCUGGUUCUUUACCACACAGAAUCACAAGCCAUUGUCAGGAAUGUGACCCUUCCAAAAGACGCCACCACUUACCAGUUUGACAAACUUCUGACUGGCAGCAAGUAUGCCCUGCGCAUCACCACAUUGGCAGGUCACUCUGCGGCAAGCACCAGUGUACAGCAGUGGACAGCUUCUGGUAUACCACAAGUGACUGGCAUAGCUCCUGUUGCCCCUAAGAAACUUUCUUUACAGAGCAAGCGCUCCAACUCCAGCCUUACUGCCUCAUGGGCCAGCACAGGGGGAGCAGAGUGGCUGCAUCUCGUCCUCCAAAACCUCCGCACUCCUACUGAAAGCAUUCCUGUGUCAAUCAGGAAGGGUGUGGACAGCUACACUUUUCGGCACCUGCAACCUGGUACCCUCUACUUCCUUAAGGUCAGCGUGUCAGCAGGGCAUUAUGAGACUGAGGGUCCCAAUGCCACGGCUUAUACAUAUCCUUUGAGCCCAACACGCGUGACCUUGGUCAGCUCUGGCAGAAACAACACCUUGAAGGCAUCAUGGGACUCCCCAGCUGGAGGAAGAGAAUUUUAUCUGGUGACUCUGCAGGAGGGAAAGAGCAGCACACCUCUCCGAAACGUGACAGUAGCCGCAAACAGCACACAUGCCACCUUUCGUGGACUGAAUCCUGGGACUCGUUACACUGUCUGGGUGACUGCUGUUGCUGGGCCCUACAGAGCAUCCUCAAAGAGCAUCUCUGCCUGGACAUAUCCCAAAGCUCCACCAGGUGGCAGUCUAUCAAGCCAGGGCAAUUCCCACAUGCUUCAUGCUCAUUGGCACGAGGUGGCUGGGACUGGCUAUGUGGCCGCACUGUACACCACAGAACCACCCAUGCUGGUGCAAAACAGUUCACUUCCUAAAGGCUAUUCCAGCCUGCAUUAUGAGCGGUUAAGCCCAGGCACUCACUACGCAUGGGAGAUCAGCACGGUUGCUGGGCCCUACAUCUCUCUGCCUCUUCGCCUCAUGAACUGGACAUAUCCUUUGCCUCCAGACCACCUGAACCUAAGCAAUGAAGGUCACAGCACAAAGUCACUGCAUGCCUCUUGGCAGAACUCCUCUGGGGGCAAAGGCUGUUACAUAGGAACCCUCUUGGAAACCAAAUCCCAGCUGGAGAUCCAAAAUAUAACCAUAGAAAAGGAUGCAACAAAUGCUGUCUUUGAAGGGCUGGUCCCUGGACGCCAAUACACUCUGAAGAUGGUUGGAGUGGCUGGCCCAUUCCAGUCUCCUGUUCAAACUGCCACUGACUGGACAUAUCCUUUGGCUCCCUCAGAAGUAAAGCUGACCAGUAGCAAGUGGCCCUUCAAUCUUGUUGCCUCUUGGAACCCAUCUCCAGGUGACAGAGACCAGUUUUUUCUGCGCUUCUACAGCCAGCAGCAUCCACUGCUAAGAAACAUCACAAUUGGGCCCAGCAUACAGAAUUUUACCUUCCAGGAGCUUGUCCCUGGCAGCCAGUAUUUUCUGGAAGUGGUGGCAUUAGCAGGACCCUACCGGGCCUCAUCCCCGUUCAUCUCUGCAUGGACAUAUCCCCAGUCUCUGACUAAUGUGAGUGUGCAAUGUGGCCAGACCCCCCAGCAAUUGAUUGUGAGUUGGAUGGAAUUAGGUCAGGGACGAGAAUACUGGAUACAGCUCUACUUAGAUGAAUCCCUGUCCAUUAUCCGGAACCUCUCAGUGCCACAUGGAACUACCCAAGUGGCCAUAGAUGGCCUCGUGGCAGGAACACGAUACCGUGUUGAGAUUGUCUCCAGGGCUGGACCUCACUAUGUUUCCUCACAAACAGCCAUUGGCUACACAGUGCCCCUGAUGCCUCUCUCCCUGCUGGUGACCAGGCAUAGCUCCUCAACAUUGCACAUACAGUGGAUGGCACCUGCUGGGCAAAGGGACAGCUAUAUGGUCUCUGUCUCUGAAGAAGGCCCUACAGCUACCAAAAGUCAUAUUUCUGUGGAAAAAACCAGCACUAAUAUCACCCUUGAGAGAUUAACACCAGGAACAUGCUACCUCAUUGCAGUGUGGUCGUUGGCAGGACCAUACAACUCAGCUUCACGAAAUAGCACAGGUUGCACAGCUCCUGCAGCACCUGUAAAUGUGACCCUGAGGAACACUGGCAGCUCUUCUAUGCUACACAUGACCUGGUCAGAGGCCCCAGGGGGCAAGGACCACUACCGGCUUAUCUUAUAUUACCUGACACCUCCAGGCAUUGAGAGAGUUCAAGUUGUGGGUCCAGGAACACAGGAUUUCAACUGGACAGGUUUGCCAGCAGGCAGCCAAUUUAUUGUACAAGUUGUCACAGUGAAAGGCCAAACUGAGGCCCCCUCUUCCACCAUUACUGAGUGGACAUCCCCUGUGCCAGCCAGCUCUGUGCAAAUGUGGAAUGAGGGGCACUCAGACAGGCUGCGAGUUGCUUGGACCCCAGCCCCCGGCAGACUGCACGGCUAUGAGCUGAACUUGUACUGCUCAGGAUGCCGCACCACAGCAGCACAAGACUUUGUGGGGAGAGAUGCCAAACACUUCACCUUCUCAGGCCUGAUGCCAGGAUCCAAAUACUGGUUUGAGAUUAUCUCCUUGUCAGGGCCCUAUAGGACUUCAGCAGGAAAUGUCACUGAUUGGACAAAUCCUCUGCCUCCUCAUACAGUAACUUUGUCAAACAAAGGGCACUCUGACCAGCUGAGUGCUUCCUGGAAACGCCCCACAGGAGAACAAGAGGGCUAUGCACUGACCCUGUAUUAUGCCGGAUCAGGGACUGUGGCAGCAAAAACAUCUGUACACAAGGGGAUCACAAAUUUCACCUUCGUCGGUCUCCUCCCUGGAACUAAAUACUCCCUUGAAGUUUCUUCCUUAGCAGGGCCAAACCAAACACCAGCAAAGAAUGUCAGUGACUGGACAUACCCUUUGGUUCCUAGGAAGCUCUCCACAGUGAUUGCAAAGAACCACCCUGAACUCUCUGUGUCCUGGGGGAAACCUCUUAGCAAGCCCGAGCGCUGCCAGCUGCAGCUGUGGCAUUCUAACAACAGUACCAUGCUACAGAAUCACACCUUGGCCCCGUGGCAGGUCCAGCAUGUUUUCCACGACUUGGUUCCAGGAAGAAAUUACUCUGCAUCUCUCAGCUGCAUUUCUGGACCAUAUAAGAGCAGCUCUGAGACAGUGGUAAUACCAAUAGAGCUCACUGAGGUGAAGAACCUGCAAUGUUUCCCUGAUGUCACCAGUGUCUUUCUAAACUGGACCAUCCCUGAAGGUGAUAUUAAGACUUAUGAGCUGGCAGUGGAGACGUUUCCAAGAGCAGUCCUCCAUCAGGUUGUACGUUAUCUGACUGUUCCCAGGGCUGAAGCGACUCUGGCAGAGCUGACCUCAGACUCUUCAUAUCAAAUCCUCAUUAAUGCUGUUGGCAGGAACGGUAUGAGGGGUCCGUCUGUGACAGUGAUCUGCAACACAUCUGUGGAAGUUCUUCCGCCUCCUGUGCUAGCAGACCUCCUAGAAUUUGAUGCCAGCUCCAGAAUCAUCAUCUCGCCCAACAUGUUCAGCGAGGAGAAUGGCCGCAUAGAAUAUUAUGGCGUGGUUGUCACCACCAAUGACUCCUUGUUGAGACCUACCCAAGACAUCAUCUCCCGUACAUGGUAUGACCACUAUUAUGGGGAAGAAGAGUCAUAUUUAGCUGUGUUGGUGCCAAACCCUUUUCAUCUUAAUGAGAGUACCAGUCCUAAGGCCUGGCCAGUGACUGUUGGCUCAGAGGAAUGCAGUCAUUUGCGGAAAACUUGCAAUGGAAAACUGAAGACAGGCACACAGUACAGGUUCAGUGUUGCAGCAUUUACCAGAUACAGCCAGUGGUCCCCCAAAGUGUCAUUCACAGACUUCUCAGCAGCAGAUGCCCCAGCAGACCCUGCUAUGUUGUCUGCUCCGAUUAUGGCUGGAAUCAUCAUGGGAUUUCUCCUGACAGUCACAGCAGUUGCUGGGUUGGUCUAUAUGAAGCAUUUGAAGUCAAGGAGAAAGGAGAAGGGCAACAUGCCACAAGAAAUGGCUACAUACUGUCUGAGAAAUAUCCACCGGCCCAUCCCCAUACAAAGUUUUAGGCAGUAUUAUGAGACAAGGGCAGCAAACUCCAAUCAUGGGUUCUUUCAGGACUUUGAGGAGCUGAAAGAAGUGGGGAAAGAUCAGCCAAAAACAGAAGCUGAACACCCUGACAAUCUCUCCAAGAAUCGAUACCCCCAUGUCCUGCCUUAUGAUUACACCCGGGUAAAGCUGAACCUUCUGGAUGGGGAACCCCAUUCUGACUAUAUCAAUGCCAACUUCGUGCCAGGUUACAACUCUCCACAGGAGUUCAUUGCUGCGCAGGCACCCUUGAAGAAAACAUUGGAUGAUUUCUGGCGGCUGGUCUGGGAGCAAUGCAUCUGCACAGUUGUUAUGUUGACUGUGGGUAUGGAGAAUGGACGAGUGCUGUGUGAAUACUACUGGCCCUCAGAUACUUCUCCUGUCUUUUCUGGGCAAAUCACCAUCCACCUGCUUGCUGAAAAUUUUGCAGAUGAGUGGGCCACACGGGAGUUCAAGCUCCAGCAUGCGGGGCUCAAAGAGGAGAGGAGAGUGACCCAUCUGCACUACACAGCAUGGCCGGAUCAUGGUGUCCCUGAAUCCGCCACUUCCAUCAUGGCAUUCAUAGAUCUGGUACGAGCGCAUAUACAGAAUGCAAAGGACUCUGGGCCUACUCUGAUACACUGCAGUGCUGGAGUGGGCCGCACAGGCACUUUUAUUGCCCUUGACCGGCUCCUGCAGCAGCUAAAGCACGAGAAGGUGGUUGAUGUGUUCAAUACCAUGUACAGUCUACGGAUGAGUCGCCAUGUGAUGAUUCAGACUCUGGGGCAGUACAUUUUCCUGCACAAUUGCAUCUUAGAGAAGAUCUCUGAAAACCCACUUAUUGGCCUCUCUGGAGUGGAUCUCUCCCAUCCUGUCCCUCUGAAGAGCUUUGUUCAGCAUCAUGAAAGGAACAGUUACAAGGCCAAUGCUGGCUUCUUCAGGGAGUAUGAGCAGAUGCUUUUGGAGGCAGCGAAAGAAGAAGUCAUUUCUGCAGUACCGCUUCCUGGCAACCACCAGAUCAACUUCUGCUCCAGCAAAAUCCCUUAUGAUCAUGCUAAAGUGAAGUUCUCAGCACUGGAUCGGGAUCCCUUCUCAGACCUCUCACAUAUCUGGUUCAUCCCUGGGUGCAAUUCAGCAAAGGAUUAUAUAGCUAUUGAAGGACCUGACAAACUGGCCCGGGAGGAGUUCUGGGGGCUGGUCUGGGAAUAUGGAGUCCACACCAUCAUCACUCUAACUUCUGAGCAGGAGAGCAGCCCGGCUCCAGACAACAUCUGCUGGCCUUCUGAGGGGGAACCUGUCUGCACAGAGAUGCUGACCAUCCAACAAGGCCCUAAGAAGGCAGUUUCAGGGUGGCCAUGUAUUCAACUCCGACUGAAAUAUGAGAAGAAGGCCAAGGAGCGGGUGCUGCAACGCUUCCUUUUCCCUUUGUGGGAAGGAGAGGAGCAGCCAAGCCCCAAGGUUCUGGUGGGCUUUCUCACCAUCAUCAGGCAGCUGGUGCCACAUCGGAAGAGAGGCAGCCCCCUGGUCCUACAUAGCAGUCUGGGAGGCGUGGGUCAGAUGGGCACAUUGAUUGCCUUGGACACCUUGCUGCAGCAGCUGAAAGGAGAGAAAAGUGUGGAUGUAUAUGGAGUUGUCUUGAGGCUGGUGAGGAGCUGCUGCCUGAUGACACCGACACUGGAUAAGUACAUGUAUCUGUAUGAGUGCAUUUGUGACACCAUCACCCAGAAGCAAGUCUAGGACUAUGACAGGACCUGGCCUCCACUCUCUGUGAGACAACAGGAGGAGCCUAGAGAUGAGCAAGGGCACAUCAGGAUUGUCAGCACGGACUGGAUUCAGAUGUUCUCCUGCAGUGAUGGGCAGCUGUCCUAUGGAACCUGAUCUAAGCCCAUGUGCAGGAAGCAGAAUAAUGGGAGUCAACAACAGGGAGCCUGUGAUGUUCCUACCUCUUGAGAGCAAGGGACUUGCAUCUGCAUUCAACAAACAGCACCCCACGGCAAGAACAAUGCAGUUUUAGUUGAGGAUGCACUGCUGGCAAGAAAAAAAUCAGCCUGAAUCCUCCUAUUCCCUGUUCAGCAGUCUUGGAACUCUGGAAUCCCCAGCACUCACACAGACCAGAUUUGUAGCCAGUCUGAUAAUGGAAUCCAGAUGUCUGAUAAAGCCACUAUACCUUUUUCUAGAUAAAGAUGACACCAGGUUUGAGAAUUGGUGCCUACCUAAUUCUGUCCCCCAAGGCACUAGGACCCAAGCAGAGCAUUCCAGAACAAAGACGGUCCAGGUUAUGGCAGAUGAAUUUUCAAAUCUGGUGUCAUCUUUAUCCUGAAAAAGGUAUAGCUAAAACUAUGAUACUUCUACAUUCUGGAUAACGUGUGCUGUUUUCUGGAUAAUUUGUGCAUUUCCAGUGACUUAUAAACACUUAUUAAAAAGUGACUUUUAAACAGGGGUCUCUUCAUUGUAAAAGCACAACCAAAACGAGCAUGGAUCAUCUUCUGGAUGCCUAAAAUAAAUGAUUUUUUUUAAAAAAAA